AUGAGCAACUCGGGGUUCGAAAAAAAGGAUGGGCAAGAGCCUUUAAAGUAUAUCAGUAAACAGGAAGCCGAGGCCUUAGAAACAGAAUUACUGGAAGAUUACCGCUUUGGGAAACAACAACUUAUUGAGAUAUUAGGACACAGCUGUGCAAUGGCUGUAACCAAGGUGUAUCCCUUGAAAACUCUUCCUAAAAAGCAGCCAACAGUUUUGAUAAUUUGUGGUCCGAAGCAGAACGGUGCUAUUGGCCUGAUCUGUGCCCGAAAUCUGCGCACAUUUGACUAUGAACCAACAAUAUUCUACCCUAAGAGAUCAGUAGAAAGUAUCUAUAAGGACUUAACAAUUCAGUGUGAAAAAAUGGACAUUCCUUUCCUGUCUUACCUUCCAACUGAAGUGCAACUAAUCAAUGAUGCAUACAAUUUGGUGGUGGAUGCAGCACUGGGUGUUGAAGAAGACAAUGAGGAAUUGAAUGAACCAUGGGCAUCAAUUUUGGCAAUAAUGAAGCAGAUAAAGAUACCAAUCAUUAGUCUGGACAUUCCAUCUGGAUGGGAUAUGGAGGCUGGCAAUUCUGAAGGAAUUAAUCCUGAAGUGCUCAUUUCUUUGUCUGCGCCCAAGACGUGUGCUAUUCAUUUUUCUGGGAAACACUUUAUUGCUGGGAGAUUUUUGCCUUAUGAUAUACAGAAGAAAUAUGACUUGAACCUACCAAAGUAUCCUGGGACAGAAUGUGUGGUGGAACUCUAGAACAGA